AUGAUGGUUGUCUGGACGCCGAAGAUGGCUGAUAUAUAUAUUUUCACCGCACAGCGUCCUCGCCCUCUUAUCGUUUCUUGCUUCUCUGUUGGACCUCGCCUCUACUUUGCCGCUGCAAAGGCUUCUACAUUAUACAUUCUGGUCACUAUGGCACGCAUGUGGUCGCAAUAUCUUUCCACAGCGCCUCGAUUAUGCGCCAGAGAUGCCGAGGUCCAGGCCCGUCUUGCCGAAGCCCUUACCACUACAACGCCGGGGUUGCUGUAG